CGUGCUCAGGCGCGGCGGCGACGCGCCGCCCACAUAAAAAACCCUUGCGCGGCGGCUCCGGCCGGACGAAAUCUUCCCCCAAGCAUCCUCUCCUCGAGGUCGCACGCACGAACGAAGCUACCGCGCAGCACCAGCACUCCGCGCGCAUCCCGGUAGCGUUGAGGUCGAUCGCACGCAGCUCCGACGCCGAUGUCGUCGCCGCCGUCCACCGUGCCCCCCAACCCUCGGAUCCAUGCGCGUGCUAGCAGAGCUGGCCCAAUCAGGGAGUGCCAAGGCAAGAGCAAGUUCUUCAUCGAGCACCAGGCCACGUGGGAGAAGGAAGGGAGGAACAAAGGCUACGACACCAACGUGCACGGCUGGCGAUUCGGCCACGAGACCACCAUCCCAGAGGGCGAAUUCCCCACAUCCCGGGGAUCCAGCAAGCCGCUCUGGAGCGAGCAAGACAAGGAGGAGGCCCGCCGCCGUCACCGGGAGGGCGAGGCGGUCCAGCUCCGGCAGCGGAUGGAGCGAGUGAGGAUGCGGUGGCGAGAGAGGUUCGGCGCCGGGAAGGCGCCGCCGCCGCCGCGUAGGAAGCAGCUUCAUCACAAUGCUGAGGAGGACAGUAGGCACGCCAAGAAUGUCCAGAUGGCCGUGGACGCCAUCAACAGGAAGCACCCGGGAAGAAACUACGAGCUCUGGGAGAUCUCUGCCAAUGGCACCGUCGCUGAGAUUGGAGCGUCCUACUGCCAUUACAAUUUCACCGCGUACUCCCCGAGCAGCGGGUUCGGGUUCUUCUUCGCCGAGACGAGCGAAGAUGCUAAGUGCGAGGACCAGGUUCACUCAUGGUGCUCCAUCGAAACGGGCGAAAUUGGGUAUUGUGCGAGCUGUAUGAGCGAUUGGUUUUGCCUUGUACACCCUAGCCGGGACAAAUUCAUCUUUGGCAAUGAAAGCUUUCAUUGCUCAUGUACGGAGGGUAUCUUUGAUUAAAUUUUUGAUCUUAUCUUGAUAAGAUGACUGUCAUUGUUGACAGGGCUUAUCUUCUACUCCCUCUGUUUUAUAAUGUAAGACUUUCUAGUCUUGUCUAAAU